AUGGCCAAAUCCAAGCCGGCCGCCUGUCCCAAGCAGCAGGCCCUGAUUAUCUGCAGAAACAAGCACUGGCGCUACAUCUCCGCCUUCCACGGCCCAUGGCUGCAGCUGCCGCUCGAGAUCCUGGAGUCGCUGGCCCACAGCAACUUCCAAGCACCGCGCCCGCACCCCAUUGACCCCGCCGUAUUUUACGACCUCGUUAAGAUCCGCAAGGCCGUCGACGAAGCCACCAAUCUCGCCGUGCGCGCCACCUCCGGUCUCACCUCCGCUGCCUUGAGCAGCCAGGCCAAUGCUGCCAAUGGCAUCCUGGGCGGCGCCGCCCAGCUGGGGUUGGGCUAUGUUGCUGGCGGUCAGAAUACAAAGUUGAGCCGGGAGCGCAAGUACCGCAUGCGCGAGCUGGCCACUCAGAAGCUGUCGCAUGCAUACCACCUCGACGAGAUCGCCGCGAGCGUCGCUACCAUGCAGUCGGCUUCCACUUUGGACGAUGUCGCCCAAUUUGUCCUGCAGCGCAGCGCCGACCCCGACGCCAAAUACGUGCACUUCUUUCACGAGAAGAUUCCCUCGCGCAUGAUGGCCGAGUACACGCCUUUGGAUCCCCUGGACCAUAUCAUCUCCGAGCGCCCCAAUGACGGCUCCGCGCUGCGCACCCGCGCCUUGACGAGAUUGUUCACGGAGGACUACAUUGGCGCGGCAAGGGACUUAACGGAUGGGCUGUCGAUCGCACGAUACGUGCAACAACAACAUAGAGCGGGGAGAGACCAGCUGGUGCUGGCGAGCUCUGCACGGGAGGAGGCUGACGCUCGCCGGGCGCGGGAGUGGAGAGUUCAGCCAGUCAAAGAGGAGGACCAGCCGAACAGCCUAGAGACGCAGCUCCUAUUCCACAGGGCCGGGGUAUACCUCUCCCUCGCCUGUCAGUACGUCUCAGAUGCGCUCGAUGGACUGCAGGAUUUUGAGACGAAGUACAAGGUGCAAACAGACGGGGUUGACCCCGGAGCCGAGCAGCCGUCGCCGUCUCCCGAGGAAAAAGAGGCGCAUCGCAAGCGACUUGAGAAUAGAAAAUUGGUCAAGACGUAUGCGAAACGAGCUGUGAGGGACUACCUUGCCUUUCUUGCUCGCUUUGAGUACACGCCUGGCAUCAAUCCAGCCGUCGCCGAAGGCUUCCUUCACAAAGUCAAUGACGUCGCCAAUGGGGUCAAAAGCUCAGAGCCCAGCUACCGUAAGCGUGUACAAGAACUAACAGACUCUGAUACCGAAGUGAAUGGCCAGGCGCCCGACGCUCUCGUGAAGCAUCAGCGUGAAAUCGAGCUCAACUCUCACAGGAACGGCACUUGGUCUUUACCCCCUCCCGCGAUACACCCCGUCUCCGCCCUCUUCUCGAGCACGCCUCCCGCGGAUCUUCCUCCUUACCCACCACUACCGCUUAGCUCUAACCCGGCCAUGAACGCCUUCGCUGAGUCCCAGGAAACCGUUACAUACCACCCCCUUCUGACUGACGCACUCCACUCGCUACUCCUCUGCCACGCCCUCAUCCAGACUCCCCCCACCGAACUCCGCCGACAUGCUUACAACGUCUCCCGCAUAGCCCGCAUCUCAGACGGCUACCCCAUCUUCCUGGCUGCCCGUUCACCUGCCCGCGCCGACUGGAUUGAAGUCCUCCACCGCGCCAAGAACUGGGUCAACCUGGGCCAGAGCUGGGACCAGCUGUGCCGACCUGCGCCUUUGCCAGGCAGUAGGUCCAGCAAUAGUAAUGCGAGUAGCAGCAGUAACGGAAGCGGUAGCAGCGGCGGCAGUACUACCGAGCUCGCCCAAACCACCGGGAUGACGACGUCGGCGGCGAAGGACAACCGGGAGCCGGAGCGCGCGACGCAGCAGCUGUCUCAAGAGAGUGGCCACAGCAGUGAGCACAAGAGACACGAGGCCAUCCUGGAUACCCUCGCUGACGAGCGCGUCGUCGACGAGGAGUCCUUCCAGCGCGCCGUGCGAGCACACGAGCAGCGUUGCCGUCGUCAGGGCCAUGGUGGAGAAAAGGCCGAAAACAACGUCACUUCUUCAUCGUCGUCGUUGCCACCGCCUCCCCUGCCGCUGCCGCGGCAGCAGGCGACGGAACAGCCGAAGAGCUGGACGCAGGAUGACGUAAAGGAGUAUUCGAUGCUGACAGAGCGGGCGGAGGCGGUCGCGCGCUGGGUCAGGGAGGCGCCCCGGAGCGUCGGUGCCGGCGAAGGGGGUGGCGGAAAGAAGAGGAGGGGGAAGAAGGGCGGGGCGGCGGCGACGAAGAAUGGAUCGAGUGCAACCGCAACCACAACCGCGACGGCUGUCGCCGUGCUAGAAGCGGGCGUGAGAGAUCUGGGCCUGGAUGCUCAGGGGGGCCAAUCAGGAGAAGGGGGUAAUAAUGGGUAG